AUGAUGAAUCGUUAUUCCACCACUUAUACAUCAAGUUAUCGUCCUUUCGAUGAAAAUCGACGACCGAAUCUGAUAAAUAAGUGUAUUGCUCCCCCUCCUCCACCACCACCUACUACAGGUCUAGCAUUAAAUUCACAUCAUAGUGUGAAUAGCACCAGUCUGCCGCAUGGAUCUUUGACGUGGGUGUCUGAUCCCAAUCACCAUCCAACAGCAGGUACAAAUUACACCCACGCAUCCCCAAAUCUGUCAUGUAGUCAUCGUUUAUCAAAUAGCAGCACAACAAAUCAGACAAUGAACAGUCUAGGUGGAUUACAUCGUAUCAUGUGGGAUGAUUAUGAAACACCAAUCAGUGAUAAGCCAAGAUCAAAGCUGAUGGAAGCUUAUAAUUCUCAUUUACCUGUUAGUAACUUAUCAUUGAAAACCAAUGGAAUUACAAAAGACGAUAACACCAAUACGCUUAGUAAACGUAAUUUCAGCAGUACAUAUACUACUGUUGUGUCGGAUAAAUUAAAUCCGUGUUCAGUGAUUGCAGCUGCUGCUGCCUACGAAAAUAAUUGUGAUAAACAGAAUAUAUCUACUGCUACAACAAGUACUUCGCAGUCAACACAAGGUAACUCAAGCUAUUGUGCAUCAAGAUCAAGAACAUUGUCAACUGUUUCACCGUUGUUCAACACUUCGGAUAAAUCACAGAAAAAUUGUGACAUACUUGCCAAAUCAGGAACUAAUUCUACUGGUGGUAAUCGUGAUAUUACUGUCUCACCAAUUAUACCUUAUAACAGUCCUUGUCAAAUAGAUUUUACGCAAAUGUUCAGUCAAAUCGCACGUAUUAAUAACCAUUUAUUUCUAAGCAGUUUGAAUGCUAUCACACCAGAUAGACUGCGUCAGCAUGGUAUUACACUGUUGGUAUCUGCAAUGAUUGACUCUCCACCAGCUCAUAUUCGUAAUGCUGUUCUGAAUACAAUUCAUGUCCCGGUGGAAGAUGUGGAGACUGCAAACUUACGUGUCCAUUUUGACAGAGUAUCCGAUCGUAUAGCCGCUGAAAGUCGUCGUGGAGGUAAAACAUUGAUACAUUGUAUGGCAGGUGUAUCACGUUCUAGUACACUUAUACUGGCCUAUUUAAUACGUCAUGCAAAUAUGAGCCUUGCUGAUGCUUAUCAACACGUACGCAGUAUCAGACCGUGUAUCCAACCAAAUCCUGGAUUCUGGCGACAGUUAUUAGAAUAUGAAGAAAAACUACGUGGUAGUCGCUCCGUUCGUUUACUUCCAUCUGUUAGUUACAGUAGUUUAUCAAAUGUGAAUUAUAAUACCAGCAGACCACUGUAUUCCAGUAGUCCACGGAAUAUCUCUAGUCCAUCUUACUCUGAUAUAUUUAGCAGGACAAGUGGAGAUAUACUACCGAAUAGAUCUUUCAUCUCACUUUAUCCAUUAGAUACAAUUGGUUGCCGUCAACCUCUUGGUUAA